ACACCUAACGACCUCACCACUAGUUUAGUUAUUCGCGCUUGCUUUCCAGUCCUCAACCCCCCUUCUCUCUCUUCUAUGGCAGCAGCUGUAUAAGCUAGUGGAAGAGAGAGGCUUGACACGUCACCGGCGAUGAAUUCUUCCGCUUCAAAAUCAGCAACUGACGCCGCAUCUGAAUCAUCUUCCUCUUCUUUCGCUGCCGAGACGCCUGAUUUCAACGAUCACUCAAAUGCUUCUCCCAUUCCUAACCGUGAAAUCGAUUCUCAGUCACCGGCAGCAGCGAGGAGUGAAGAGUAUAGACAACUGUUUCGUCUUCCCCCGGAAGAAGUCCUUGUACAAGACUUUAAUUGUGCAUACCAAGGAAGUAUUCUUCUUCAGGGGCAUUUGUACCUUUUUGUACAUUAUAUUUGCUUUUAUUCAAAAAUAUUUGGAUUUGAGACAAAGAAAACAAUCCCUUUCCAUGAAGUUACGAGUGUAAAAAGAGCAAAGACAGCUGGGAUCUUCCCUAAUGCAAUAGAAGUUUUUGCCAGAGGAAAGAAGUACUUCUUUGCAUCAUUUCUCUCUCGUGAUGAAGCUUUGAAUCUCAUCAAGGGUGGAUGGUUACAACAUGGUAAUGGUUCCAAUUUGAUUGCAGAACAACAGGAUUUAAUUUCUGUAUCCAGUAGCCUAGAUAAUGGACUUGUUGUGAUUGAAAAGGUGAAUAGCUUCAAGCAAACCAGUGAGUUAGAUUCCCCUGACAGUAGAAAAAAGGCUACUGAUCCUUUGCCUGAUUCUGAAUUUUCACCAUCCGUUGAAAAGGGCAGUGUCUCCAUGAUACAAAUUCAAGUAGCAGAUGAAUUGGCACAGGAUGUUGAACUAGUUAGAAACAGCGACUCUUCAUCUUCAGCAACUUUGGCAUGGAAUGUGGAAAAUUUCAAUGCACCUCAGAUAUGUGAAUCGUUUAAAGAAGUUGGACAGACAAAGUUUCCGAUAAAGGUAGAGGAGUUCUUUUAUUUGUUCUUUUCAGAUGAUGCUGCUAAAUUUGUUGAAUCUUUUCAUAGUAGAUGUGGAGAUAAAGAUUUCAGAUGCUCUUUAUGGUACAUAGAUGAUAAAUCUGGGCAUGCUCGUGAUGUCUCUUUUCAGCAUCCUAUCAAAAUAUAUUUUGGUGCAAAAUUGGGCAGCUGCCAGGAGGUCCAGAAAUUUCGAGUCUACAGAAACAGUCAUUUGAUUAUCGAGACAUCACAGGAGAUCAGCAACGUCCAUUUUGGAGAUUGUUUUCGCGUUGAGGGACUAUGGGAUGUGACUAGAGAUGGUGAUGGAUCGAAUGAAGGAUGCAUUUUGCGGAUAUAUGUGAACGUUGUAUUCAGCAAGAAAACUAUUUUUAAAGAGGCAGAGCCUCCUGUCAGCAUGAUUCAGAAGGGAGAAGUUCAUUCUGAAAGAGAAGUGAAGACUGGAGAAGCUUCAGAAAUCUCUUACAAGCAAAGUGACCACAUAAGAAUGCAGUAGAUGUCUAGUUCUGUGGCCAUUAGUCAACGGGGUGGCAAUCUUGUGCAGGAUGAGCAUCCUCGUACUUUUGAACAGACCAUAAGCUGUCCAUGUGGCUUCUCAAGAACACUACAUUGGUGGCCUGAGAGUUGGAGCGGGUGAAAAAUCAGCUGAAGCUGUGUCUUGGAAAGAGAGACCGAGGCACCACCUGAAUGCAGCUUAUAACA